UUGAUGUCUUCGUUUCCUAGAAACGGACUCCAUUUUGAGAUUAGGUCGUUUUCGAGGCCAAGAUGUUUUGCAAAACUCGUUAAUUCUAAGCUGGAUCUGAAGAAACAACGGCGAUGAGUGACGGAGAAGAGAGAGAAUCUCUCAGCCGAGAGAUAGACCCAGCCAUUUGGGCCAUAGCUCCUCGAUUACACCAAGAAGAAGGUCCGGUGGAUGUGACUGCCAGUCCUGCUUUUCAGUGCUUAGACGAGUUAUUUUCACAAGGUAAACUUGCAGGAGAGAAAGUAGCUAAGCUUAAAGCAAAAUACACCAGUCUUCAUGAACGUCUCAAAGCUACAAGAGAACAAGAAUCCUCACUACUUCACAAGGCGAAAGAAAUGCACCAAGAAGUGCAGAGACAAAGAGCUGAACUUGAGAAAGGAGACAGCUUUCCAGAUGGAGACAACACCGAAGUUAAUAAGCUAAGACAAGAACUACUAAAACAUCAUAAUGAGCUUGCUCAGGCAGAUGAAAGGCAAUAUCAAUUGGAAUUUAAGCUUGAAGGUUUACGAGAAGAGAAGAUGAUGCUUGAAAGGGAUUAUUCAAGGAUGCCAAAACCCGGUGAAAUUGAGAAACAGGUCAAGGAACUGCAAAAAUCAGUUGAGGAACUCAAAGUGGAAAUUGCUCAGAGAACUAUUGAUGCUAAGAGCCUCAAGGAAGAGGUGGAAAAUAGGGAAACACAAGUAAAUGAACUGCGAAAGGAAGUUGAAGGAGAUUUAGAGGAACAACAGAAACUGCGGGAUCAGCUAGUUCAAGUGCACUCGCAACCAGCUCACAUAACCAAACAGACUGAGCUUUUGUCCAGGCAGCUCAGGUAAGAAUAAAUCUCCCUAAAUCUCAGGUACACAAAACUAAAUCAUGUAUGAUAGAGGCACAUGCAGCUUAAGCCACAUUUAGGCUAGAGAUUCAUGCAGCCAGAGCUUGUCAAUGUUUCUGUAGAGCGAGGUGACUGCAUAACCGUUAGAUUGUAUGAUAUAUGUUUGACCUAA